AUGGAGGUCGGAAGAGCAUCUUUAAAUCCUCAAGUCUCAGCAGAGUCAGCUCAGCUUGUGAAGACUCUGUUGGAGAAACACCGGCGCGGUGUCCUCAAGGAGCAAGUGGAGAACUCUCCACAGGGGGACGAGAGGAAUAUCACCUGGAUAACAUGCAGGGACUUCACGGUAGAGGUGGGGAAAACGCAGAUUGGGGAGUAUAUCCUGACCUGGGAGCUGCAGCCCUGCUGGCUCUACAGUGUGGACUUUCUUUACUCAGCUGAGGAGGACCACCAUACCUUCUACCACUACCGAGCCCGCUUUAGCACCCCGAGUCCGCGGAGGCCCAUUCAGGGGAUAGCCAGCGUCUACUUCGUCGUGGGCAUUUCUAAAUUCAAGCCCCAGACUCUGCCCGUGGAAGUUCUGUUUCUAGUGGAGUCGAACAGGCUGGUCCACACACCUGGGUGGACCAGGUUCAGAGAGAAGUGGCUCAUGGACGUUAUCGAGAGCAAGACUUUACUGCAGAGAGCCGUGGACUUUUGA